GCGCGUAUGUCUGUGUGUGUGUGUGUGUGUGUCUAUGUGCGUGUGCAUGCGCGCGUUAAACUGAGCUUCUCCACACGCUGUGGUCCAUAGAUUCGCUGGAAACUCAUUUGGAUUCGGAGUUUAAAAUUAUGCCACCGUUUUCCAGGGCAGAAGUGGAGACGGAUCAGCCGAAGGAAACGCGUCUGGGGUGCAUUUUGUCCGGAUUGUUUGCAUCUCGUGUCAUUUCGUGCAGAAGUGCGUUUUUACACACAGGUCCAUGAGAGGAGCGCGGGCAGGGCGCAGGAAAGAUGGCAAGAGGUGGUGGCAUCAGCAAGAUACCAUUGCAACAUCUGCCCAGCGUCACCUGACCUACUGGAAGGUGAUUCUCCUAGUAAGUGUGUGUCUGCUGGAGAUUGUGGAUGGACAGAGACUUGCAGAAGAAAGGGAAGAAUCACACUCCACCACACUCAUGGCCCGAAAAGAGCCGAGACGACCUCCAUGGGGUGUACUUUACGAUCCAUAUUUGGCAGAGGAAGGAGAGGAAUACAAGGCCAGAUGGCAUCGUUCUUUAGCAGACGUUACUGCCGCUUAUCGAAAAUCCCGCAAAGAACGCAAGAACCGGAAGCGGCAGCAAGAAAAUUCGAACCAGGACUGCCACCUUGAGAAGAAACAGAUGCGUGUGCGUGACCUGGGCUUAGGCUAUGAUUCAGAUGAAAUUGUGCUCUUUAAGUACUGUGUGGGGUCGUGCACAAGCUCACGGAAGAACUAUGACAUGGCGCUCAAAAUCCUAACAGAGAACGGCAGCAUCUUGGGCCACGAUGUGAGCACUCAUCCAUGUUGUAGGCCAACACGCUUUGAGGCGGUGUCCUUCAUGGACACCAGAACAAACUGGCAAACUAUCCGGUGGCUUUCAGCAGCCAACUGCAGCUGUGUAGGAUGAGAGGAGGAAAGCAAGCAGCUUGGUAAAAAUGAGGAAUAAAUUCAAAAAUCUCCAGGAUGGAUGAAGACAAGGAUUUGUCUUCAAGUUGUAUCUCUUCCGGAACCUCAGAUGGGGAGCUCAUCUGGUUGUUGUACAAGGAGACGCAUAACAGAUGCAGAUGUUGUGCCGUGAAUGGAGUGGAAUAGCAGCAGAGAAGAUUAAUAAAGAUACAAGCGAUUGUGCUUUCCUCUCAGAGAGAGUGGGGAGGAUGCUCAUGUGAUGAUGUAGUGAAUAUGAACCAAUCCAAAUAAGAACCAAAAUGAAAAACGUUAUAUAUCAAAAAGAGAUAAAACUGUUAACAGUGCUUUAAAGAACGAUCCAUGGACAACCUUGCCUAGGACCCAGGAACAUGGUAGCCAGACAUAAUAGAAGGGUCUAUACUGUGGAAGAGCAGAACUGAUAUGACACAACGCUCACAUACCCACAUUCUGUUACGUUAUGUCAUCUUCCCUUCUUAAUGUAACAGCGUCUGUCACUAAGUUAUCAAACAGCCAAUUGGGCAUCUAUAGUAUUUAAUAGACAUGUGCCGAUUUUAAUUAUUAAUUGUGAUUUAAAAUAUUUAUCAUGACAAUGGCCUAACCUUUUUAUCCUGGAACUUCACUGUGUACUAGAUACGAAUCCAGUAAGAACACAUCAUUUUUUGUCCAAGAUCAGGAACUUGGCGAGCAAGUUCUACCAUGCCAGCAUAUGCAGCAUAAUGUAUGGUAAAGCAUGUCAUAUUGCUGUGUUGUUUACACUUUGUAAAGGUACAGAGUCCAGAUUCUUGACCUCUAUAGAAGAUGCAAGCAGCUUCUUUUUCACCUCAGCCCAGAAUGCACAUCAGCAUAGGCUCACAUAGUGCUACAUUAGCAACUAUUUUACAAUAGGGAGCAUUUUUGAAAAUGAUUUUUAAAAAGGUCAGUCCUGAUUCAUUAAACACUAACAUAAUUUCCUUACCUUAUUACCUCACUGGCUUUUGUUCAUUGUCAAAUUUAUUUAAUUGUAGCUUUCUUGUUAUUAUAACAAUUUGGAAUCUAAUUAUGAUAUGCAUUGUGUUUUUAUGUCUUGUUUAUAUAAAGGUUUGAGAACUAUGACUUCAGGUUCAGGUAAAUCAUUCAAUGGGCAUUACAGUAUAUACAGAAUCUGAGUCUUACAUUUAGCUAAAGGGGAGAUGUUCAGUCUACAUGUCUGUAAUUAUCAGUUAACUUAAUGAACUUCAGACAGGACUUUUAUCGUGAAAAUGCCGAUAUGAAAUAUUUAUAAUAUCAUAUUUUUUUCACACAGGUUAACAAAGCAAUUGCUAAAACAUGUCUAUUA